AUGCAACCAUUUGUUCUUUACAACUCUGAGCAACGAAAAAAAGUUGAAUUUGUUCCCCGUAAAGAAGGACAUAUCGACAUGUAUGUGUGCGGUUGGAAUGUUAAAUACGUUCGUAACAUCACAGAUAUCGAUGACAAAAUUAUUGCGCGUGCCAAUGAAAAUAGCGAAAGCAUUACAGCUUUGACCGAUCGUUUUAUCAAGGCGAUGAAUGACGAUGCCGAAAACCUAGGAUGCUUAGCACCUGAUGAGGCACCACGCGCAACAGAUUACAUCGAUCAAAUGCAGAAUAUGAUUGGUAACCUUGCACGGCUUACCCUUCUGCAAAUGGCGAUGUCUAUUUUGAAGUUGAAAAAUUUAAGAACUAUGGCCGACUUUCAGGACGUAAACUUGACGAUAUGCAAGCUGGCGCUUCUGAACGUGUUGAUGUUGAAGUUGAGAAGAAACAUCCAUUUGAUUUUGUGCUAUGGAAACAUGCUAAAGAAAAUGAGCCAUCAUGGGCUUCACCUUGGGGCAAUGGCCGUCCAGGCAAUCAUUUCGAUAUUCAUGGUGGCGGUUCAGAUCUUUUAUUCCCACAUCAUGAAAAUGAAAUUGCGCAAUCAGAAGCAGCAACAGAUGAACAAUAUGUAA